GAGGGGAUGUCCUCAGAUGCCCUCCACCCGGCAGUCCCCGCUCUGACGUGGGUGCCCCCCCUCUCCCCGCCCGGAUUAGUGGCAGCUUGGCCUGACUCUCCGGGGCUCCUUCCCCCGCCCUGCCUGCUGCCCACCCCUGGGCAGGGGGCUACUCUGCCUGAGGGGGCACUGUGCUUGCCCAGGGGAAGACAGCCACAAGGCCCCUGGACUCUGGACAACCUGAGCUUCCAUUCCGGCCACUUCCAGGCCUCAAGCCACAGGACUCUCCCACAAGCCUCUGCUAAGGGUGCUGGAGGAGGAAACCGGCGGAGCAGCUUCCCCACUCUCAGUUGCGCGUCUGGCGAUGGCGAUCAGAGGUCCUGCUGCGCUCUCCGCUGCGCUCUCCCUCCAUUAGCCGCGCUACGCGGUGCUGCGCCCUCGCUGGUGCCUCGCUCCUGGCUCACAGGAUCGGCCCCCCACUUCCAGGCACGACCCCCUUCCCCGGCCCCUCGGCCUUUCCCCCCACUCAGCCAUCUCCGACCCGGGGCGCGCGCUCCCCCCGGCCCGGAUCCUUCUUUCCCUUCGGGGACACCCGCUCCCUAG